CUCGUGAUUUUUUUACUGUGGUUCAGAGUCCGUACUGGGCUUUUGGAAGGAACCGUUUAUUCAGGAUGGUCGUCACUGCAGAGGAGAGUGUCUCUUGUGUUGUGUUUGUGAUAAGGAAUACAUCGCAGGUGUAUUUUUUUCUUUAACAAGUGGAUAUUGUGUAUAUCGUAUGCAGGUUGAGUGGAGACUUUAAAGUUUGCUCAGCGGUUCCUUUUCCGCUUAUGGUUUUUCCCCUCUCCUCGUUUCUCAUGGCCAACCGCGUGGCGAUGAACGUCUUAUCAAAACCAACCGCAGCAAGCAAAUACACGUACAUUCUGUUAAGCGCAGAUAAAGGAGCGAGUUUUUUCCUUCUCGCUGAUAUGACACACUUGACGUAUAACCAACGAGACGUAGAGGACCUAUCCAAGUGACGUUAUCUGCAGGUACCUGCUGACGAACUAGCGGAACAAACGCUAGCGAAGACUGUUUAAAGAAGUCGACGCGAUGUUUCUUGAAGUUGAAAUUUCAGACGCGUAAUUGUGAUCCGCGUUGGUAAUAAUAAAAUACGUUUCACGUUAAACAAACAUCGGAAUGUCACUCCGGGGUUUUCCGUCUCGCCAUCGUGUUUGUUGUACGAGGAAGCUGAUCGCGAGUGUGAGAGAUCGAUGACGUCUCGUACCAAGUAGCCGCGGGGCGUUUAGAUAAGAGAAAGGAGACCAUUCAGUAAGAUUACGAAAAAUUUGUCGAGUGUCUUUGAGAAAAGUUUUAUAUCGACGAUGUUGAAGUGGAUAAAGGUUCGUCAGGACCCUUUAACGUCUCGGUCAGCCGUGACGACGACGACGACGACGACGUCGACGACGGUGACAUCAGGUUUCGCUUCCAGAGAUCAGGUUGAUAAUAAAGAAUUUCAAGAUGAGGAUAACAGAAUUUUUGGUACUUCGUGCGAAAUGGAAGAAGAAGAAGACGAGGAGGAGGAGGACAGCGGUAUGGAAAGAGAAGAUUCUCCGGCGGGAAUCGAUUUGAAGGAUCUAAAGAAAGACCUUUUUUCCCAGCUGCAAUUCUCCCAGGAAAGCGCACUGCCACCCGAUGCCCUCCGACGAGCACUCGCCGAGAGCUUUCUCGACCAGCAAAGGUUUCAACUUGGCUUUAUGGACGACGCUGCGGAAUGUUUCGAAAACAUACUGCUGCGAAUUCAUCUCCACAUUGCCAGUGGCGAGGCAGAGGACAUGUGCAGUGCCCGACAUUGCGUGCCUCAUCAAAAGUUUGCGAUGACUCUGGUCGAGCAAAGCGUCUGUGGCGCCUGUGGAGCUACUUCGGAACCGCUGCCUUUUACCCAGAUGGUCCAUUAUGUGUCAGCCUCAGCUCUGACGUCACAGGCUCGUCAGACGCCACAGUCAUCGAGAUCAAGUCCGGAUCUUUUCGGACAGCUUCUUCGACGGGCAGGGGGAAUGGGAGACAUCCGCGACUGUCCGAGUUCCUGCGGUGCUAAAAUCCAAAUUUGCCGAACGCUGAUGAAUCGACCCGAGAUAGUGUCGGUCGGUGUCGUCUGGGACAGCGAAAGGCCGUCAUUGGAGCACAUCAUGGACGUGUUCGCAACAGUGGGAACAUGCCUUAGACUAAGCGACGUCUUCCACAGCGUGGUUGACUCGCGGUGGGGUGCUUCGACCGUCCACAACCUUGUGGGUGUCGUUACGUAUUACGGAAAACACUACUCAACCUUCUUCUUCCACACGAAAUUGAAGGUCUGGAUAUACUUCGACGAUGCGACGGUUAAGGAGAUCGGUCCACGGUGGGAGCAGGUGGUCGAAAAAUGCCGAAGAGGAAGAUACCAGCCGUUGUUACUGCUGUAUGCGACGCCCGGUGGAACACCGGUGAACACAGAGAACGCACCGAAAACUGUGACGCCUUUCCCGAAUGGAAACGGACUGAAAACACCGCCGAAGAACAACCUGCGAAGGUCGAUAACGCCGAGUCCUGAGAAGGCUUCGAUAAACGGCACCGCAAGGCGGGCCAUAACGCCAAACCCCGACAGCCCUCCUCAUAUCUACACGCAAAAAAGGACCUACAGCGACUAUCAGAACCUGACGGAUAUCCAGAACAACAUUUUUGGCAAUCAGGGUGUAGACGCCGUCGAUGGCGACGUGGAGUCCAAGUACAUAAGUCGACGUGCAGUGGAGAACGUGAUGCAGCAGCAAAAGAAGCAGCAAAUGCAGUUGACGAGAAGUCUGAGCGCCGGAUCAACUCCGCAGGACGGAAUAAGCAUUCCAGAUCAUCUGAACGUGCCCCGACGCCGGGACUCGGGCAAUUGGUCUGGUGAUCGCAACAGUGCUUCGUCAAGCUCUUCGACAACAAUGGACAACCCGUAUCUGUACAUCGUUAACAAGAUGCAGAGAAACUCCGGGGUCCCUAAAAGUCCGACAAGCAAAUCUGGCGAACUAUCUAGCAGUAGUAGCGGACACUACGAUGCUGGAUACGAUUCCUACUCCCUUUCCUCCACCGAUAGUCUUCCGCUUCAGCAGGGAUUGAAGCACAAUUUGCAGCUUGCGCAAAUACCCGAAGGUUAUCAGCCAUCAUCCGGAGACGACUGCGAGCGUCUCUGCAAGGAGACCGAUGCUCUUCUCGACAAAUCACGAGCGGCUGAAGAUGCAGGGGAUCUUGGAACGGCCGUUGCUCUGUGCAAUGCCGCCAGUAGUAAAGCGAGAGCAGCGAUGGAUGCGCCGUACAAUAAUCCACACACGAUGACCAUAGCCAUGAUGAAGCACAACACGUGCGUGAUGAGGGCUCGCAGUCUGCACAGGAGGAUACUCCAAGAACAAGCCAUUGCUAACGGAGAGAAAGAAGAAGGUGCAACGGAGGGCAGACACUCCCGUGAGAACAGUAAAUCCAGUCAACAUUCGAGGCAGAGUUCACGUGACAAGGGUAAUCACUCGCGUCAGAACAGUAGAGAGUUACUGGUGAACGCUGCAGCGAUUGUCGACAAGCCAUCGUCUGUGAAGAGUAUUGAAAUAUAUGCAACACUGCCAAAGAAGAAGACCUUGCGAAGUAAGGCUACGGCGGUAAAUGUGGUGGAGGACGAAGAGUACAUGCUUUACGAUAGACCGACUCAGCGAACUGGGCUAUUUGGAAGAGUAAAGCGGUGUGACGAGGAUAAGAAGGACAAGAAACGAGCGCGCAGUGAGGAAAGGAACAAGAACUCGACGAAGGACUUCUCCAUAGCACCGAUGAAAGCUUCACCGACAGUGAAAAAUGGGAAGAUGGUCGAGAAACCAAAGGAGAAUGAAACUAACCCAACGAAAAUAUCGCAAACGAACGGUACUCUACCUGCGGAACAAAAGCAAGGAAAAAAGCAGCAUAAGAUUCGACGAAAGCUCCUAAUGGGUGGACUAAUAAAGAGGAAAAAUCGAAGUAUGCCCGACCUGAGGGAGGGACAAGAUGGACAACCACCGGUGAACGUCGAACCCUCUUGCAACACUCUGCCCAAGCAGUCUGUAGAUGAUUCUAGCCUCGGUCUUAAGGGCAACGAAGUGGGUCAAUCACUGAGUGGGUAUCUGUCCGAAGGUCACUUGGAAUUCGCGGGUAACAACAAUAACAACAAUAACAAUAAUAACAAUAACACCGGGAACCCCAAUCUCGAGAGGAGUCGCCUGAUGAGAAAAAGCUUCCACGGUAGCGCCGGGAAGGUGUUGCACGUGGCAAAGGUACCCCCGCCGCCACCACUGAGAACAACUUCCCAACUUAGCAAGUCUAAGUGUCAAGGUGAAGUCGGUGGUGGACUUCAGUCUGAGAACUCGUUGUAUCCGUUGUCGGACGACAACGUCGGUAACUCUUCGCAGAGUCAGAAUAAUAACGCGUUUUGGAAUCACGCCAACCAGGCGAACCUCGUCUCACAGUCUGGGCGCGUUACCAACUACGCCGAUUAUUCCAUGGAGCCUCACUCCCUGCAGUUUCUUCCAUCCUACAACCAGGAACAACCGAUGGUUUCCAAUUUCAACGGCAAGCCAAGGAUCCAGGAUGACGUUGUCCAGUACGCAAACGGCAUUCUAUACGAGCCGACAUUCGUCGUCACUCGAGCAGAUGUUCACAGCGAACAGAGUCCCGUCAAGCAUCAAUCCCAGCCCGACUCCUUACCGCCUUAUCCAGAAAACUCCAACGUUUCCCACUCCAGACAACCCAGUGAAGAGUUUCCUCCACCUCCCUAUCCCUGCAUACAAUCCGUCUCUCACUCCAGACAACCCAGUGAAGAUUUCCCUCCUCCUCCACCUCCCAUUGACGCCAAUUCACCCGCGCAAAUGGGAUCCGUAGGAUCUCAGCAGCAGCAGCAACAACAGCAAACGUCGCAGCAGCUCGAGGCCCAACAGAUUAGCAGUCUGCUUGCUCAGCUGCAGUUGAAGAGGGAGCAGAUGCUGAUCGCGGGCGAAGUCGACGGUAAGAAGGAACAGGACGAGGAUGACAAAACUUCCGGGGAAACGUGGCUGCGGGAAUUACAAGCGAAGCAGGCUGAAAGGAGAAUGAAGAAGCAGGGACCUGCUGACCAGAUGGCUUCCCACAAUCAGGACAUGCCCAAGACCAGGGUGCCCUCGGUUCCUCAAACACAGGGAUCGACAAUUGCUAGGAGAACGAGCGACCUCAUGAUGAACACUCUUGGACAGACGCACGAGCCAAGCAGAGAUGUGACUGACAGUGCGAGGCUGGUCACAGUUUCGUCAUCAGUUAAAGACAUGGCAGCCAGAUUUGAGCAGAUCAAACAACAGCCGCCUGCCAAACCCGAAGUUGACCAGAAACCGAGCAAAACAAUGCCACCAUUGUCCGGGACCGACGCGACUCAGGACGUUCCACCUUCUGAACCACUAAAAUUGUCGACGGAAAAUCUUGCCGCCUUUACAAAAUCCGAUAACCAGUCGAGCCAGUCGGUUCUGAACUCCAGCUUCGAAUCGAGCUCCAGCCAGAGCACAUUUAUUUCAACCACACCCGCCCCGGUUACCGCCCCGACAAGUCAGCCGGAGAGCGGUUUGAACGCGGCAAUAUUGUCCAUGUCGUUAUUCCUACCCCACGAAAACGGACUUCCAGUAGAUUAUCCAGAGGAUGACAUAAGCGAGGUUGCGAUGCAGAACACAAUUCAGAAUACAACGAUACUCCCAAUAGAGGAAGACAUUAUGCCAAGGAAGACGAAACGCAGGAUCGGUAAGAAGAAGAGUGUCUCUUUCUGCGACCAGGUUGUCCUGGUCGCGACUGCCGAGGAUGAUGAAAAGGACUCUUACAUCCCGAAUCCAAUCCUGGAACGGGUCCUCAGAUCGGCCCUCAACAAGCCGGAGACAGCUCUGGUUCUCCGGGAAAUUCGAAACCUCCAGGAGGCUGAAUUGAACCGCGAAAAUACCGCUCCUAAAUUCCAACAGCAUACCCUACCGCUGAAGAGCGAAGCGGACAGCAUUCCAGCCACGCCGUUCCAGGACCAGUUGAGGAGCGUCAAUCCAAUGGCCGACACGAUAAGACCGGGUUUUGGACGACAGAAUUCCAACGAAAUGUCGAAUGGACUUCCGCAGGAUGGGAAGAAGGCUUACAAUUCUUACAACGAGGGGCAGGACGUCGUGCGCGAAGCGUAUCCUGUCGGGAAUCAGAACUUGUCGAAGACUCUGACCUCGUAUCCCCAGCAGUUUCCCCAGCAAAUUCGUUAUCCUCCGAAUGGACACUCUACGCAUAUCCAAGGCUACCCGCAGACGCAGACGGCUCAUCCCAGAAACCAGGGAAUCCCAGUUUCGCAAAUGCAGAAACCGGCGAGUCCGUUUCCGACGCAAGUCCAUAACCAAUACCCCCAGAAUGGUACGGUGGGUCAGAAAAUAACGAACGCUGCGAACCAGCAAAAGAACGGCUUCCAAGGAAACUACUAUCAGCUGGAACAGCAGCACAACCAAGUGAACAAACAGUAUUCGGCCCAGCAACAGCACUCGGGCAACAUUAAUCAGAGGAUUCAACAGCACAAUGUCAGUCCCGUGACUGUUCCCCACGGUCAACAGAUGGUCUGCUAUCCUUCAAACCAGUCAACGAAUCCUUAUCAGCAGUACAAUAAUUCUUCGUCACCGCAAAGUCAGUACCCAGUCAGUUCCUAUCAGAGUUAUCCUCAGCAGAACAGAGCUAAUCAGCUGCUACCCCAAUACCAGCCACCCCCGAAUCCGACCGCUUCUUUUCAACAACAACAACAACAACAACAGCAGCAGCAGCAGCAACAGCAGUCUAAUACGCAAAAUUAUCAAGGGAGAAUAGAAAACAACUAUCAACGUCAACCGCAGAAAAAUGAGCAGCAGAAUAUUCUUGCUCCGAAUCAAACCUAUCCGAAUCCCAUACAAAAUGGUCAGAUACAGUCGAACAUGAAGUAUCCGACGUAUCAGCAUCCGCCGGCACCCAAGCAAACGAAACAAGUGCACUUCCAGGCCGGCACUAAGGGAGGUGCGAUAAACCAAAACUCGUCUUCCGUACAGAAAACGUCACCCGUGACAGCUAUGCCGCGAACAAGUCAUUGCCACUUGUGUCGAAAGAAGCACGUCGUUGAGCCUGCGAUUUAUUGCACGGACUGCGAUUUUUACAUGUCGAGAUUCCGGCCAAAGUCUUAGAAUUUUUGUAAGAUGAUGGUCCGGGAUAAAUGGAAUAAUUUUAAGGUAUCUUCGCGUCUGUGGUCCGCAGUUUUAAGCUCUCUGUAUGUAGGUGAAUCCUUUGUUGUUACAGCUAGUGGUUAUCGUUAUAUUUUAAUUUAAACUUAUAUAUUAUAUAGUUUUUAAGUACGAUGGGUGUGACUGAAAAUAAAAAUCACACCUGUGGUUGAUCAUCGAUAUACUAAACGCAGUAUUGGCUAUAGUGAUUACCAUCGGUUUUGCAAAUAUCAAAUGGUAAUAAUUGCUUUUCUCCAUUUCUAUACUUACGUAUAGGUAUAGUAUAUGUACAUUUUUACUAAUAUAGAGAUGUUAAUUGUUAUAUUAUGAUUCGUUUACGACCGUUAGUUGUAAAAGCUCAUUGACUUAAUUAUUUUUUCUUGAGCAUUAACGGUUCCAUCCAAUCCAUUUUUUUUAACCUAGUGCUUAGACGUCUUUUUUUUUCUCUCAAUUCUGUACAAAAUUAUAGAUCGUUGUUGUCUGUGUCCAAUUGUUUUCAAAUACUUACAAAUUAGUUGUUAUCGUUAUAACCUUUGAGUUGAAGGUAUAUUCUACUUAAGUUAAGCGUAGUUAUCGUGCGGUUAUAUUUUAUACGAAUAUUUUUAUAUGUAUAUUAUAUAUAUAUAUUAAAUAUACCUAGGAGCUAUAGGAAUGUCAGAAUUGUGAUACUAGCCAAGCUAUGUAGUACACUGUGUUAAGUUAAAGUUAUUAUUAUUGGAGAUUAUAUCAAAAGCAUAUACGAUUAUGUAUGUAAUGUAAGUGAAUGCAAAGUAGCUGCAGGAAUAUGAUCUCUAAAGAAGUAUGUCAAGUUUAGCAUACAUAUAUAUAUAUAUAUACAUAUACAUAUACCCAUAGACAUUAUUACGUGUUACAAGUUACAUGUGUAUUAUCCACGUGCUAGAUAAAUGUACAAAUUUCUCAUUUUA